UCGACAGCGCUUUGUUUCCAUCUCGAGUUUAUCCGUACCUCCUCCGCAGAGACCCACGUGUCGAGAACCUCUCGAUUGGAGAGAUGUUUGUUCCGAAGAAGGGCGAAGUGCGCAUUGACUCCACCGAGCUGUUUUUCGAGCAAACAUUUCGCAUUUGCACUUUGCUCCUCGAUUGCGCUCAACUGUGAGCUCACCGCGCGCGAGCUGCAAACCAAGCUUCACCUUCAGACGCAACGGCGCUGAACAAGAGAACGAUGGCGCUGAUGAACAUUCCCGAGUGGCUGCUCCUGGUUGUGACUGCCUGCGUUUUGUUUUACCUGUAUGCAGCAAGAAGCAAAAAUUACUGGAAAAAUCAAAAUGUGGUUCACGAAAAGUUCUCCUGGUUGUUCGGACCAGCGACCAGCCUUCUGUACAAGCCUGUGCACACUAUGGAUCAAGAACGCUACCUGAAGAUGGGAAGGAUAUUUGGGUAUUUCGAGGGAGGCAGGCCCGCAUUGUCGGUUGGUGAGCCUGAUAUGGUGAAGCUUGUGCUCGUCAAGGAUUUUCCAAUCCUCUGUAACAGACGGAUAAUAGAUUUUUUCGAACCAAUUUUGGACAACAUGAUGACCACAGCGCCUGUAGACAUUUGGAGGAAAAUCAGGCCCUCUUCAAGUCCUGCAUUCACCAUGGGCAAGCUGCGCAGGAUGAACGACAUGAUUCAGGACUGUGCGAAAAUAACGUCUGAGCACCUUGGGAAAGCCGCUGAAGAGGGAAAAGACGUGGAUCUCAAGUGGUUUUACAGCCAUUAUGCACUGGACGUCAUAGCGAAAUGCGCCUUCGGCACCGAACUUGACUCGUACAAAGAUGCAAGCAACGAAUUUGUGACAAAAGCCUCGAAGGCAUUCUCUGGCGGGAUGAGUCUGGCUGUGGUGUUGUUCGUUUUAUGCCCGGCACUAUUGAAAGUCUUUAAGGUUAAACUUCUCGACUCCGAGCCAUUUCGAUACUUCAAAGAGGUCUGUGUGGCAAUUAUUCAAGAAAGAAGGCGGAGACAGCACCGUCAUGAAGACUUCUUGCAACUCAUGAUGGAUGCCCAGGAAGGAACUCUUGGCGAUGGUGUUGAAACUGCGCCUGGAAAGGAACACACAAAAAUAUUCGACAUUGACUCUGAAGUAAAGAACGUGACGUUUGUCACGAAAGCCUUGUCAGAAGACGAAGCCCUGGCGCAAUGCGUGCUGUUUUUCGUCGCCGCCCACGAUGCCACCUCAUCCGUCCUCGCAUUCGCCGCCCAUCUUCUCGCUCUUAAUCCCGAUGCGCAAGACAAGCUCCGCAGAGAGGCGGAUGAAUGCUUCGCCACACAUGGGAAUAAUCCAAGUCUUGACGUCAUCUCUAAGCUGCCCUACCUGCACUGUGUCGUAUCGGAGACUAUGAGGCUGUACCCACCUGCUCCGAGACUUGACAGGACCACGUGCCAGGAGUAUGUCCUGGGCGACACUGGAAUCAGGGUGCCCAAAGACAGCAUUGUUACGAUCCCCAUAUACGCUAUGCAUCGGGACCCGGAGUUCUUUCCUGACCCUGAAAAAUUCAUUCCUGAAAGAUUCAACGAUGAAAAUGCUGGUUCCAUACGACCGUACUCUUACCUGCCUUUCGGAGCAGGGCCUCGCAACUGCAUCGGUAUGCGUAUGGCCCUGCAGAUCACCAAGUUGUGCCUGCUUCACUCUGUGCACACCGUGCAGUUUGUACCCGCGAGAAAAGCAAAGGCAUCUUUCGAGUUUGCUAAAGGCAUUGGAAUCCUGAAACCGAAAGAAGUCACCGUUGGAAUAACUAAAAGAUGAAACUUCUUACUGAUGCAGGUUUCUUACGGUCUCUUUCACAUUCUCCAUCCGUAUACAAGUUACGAUUAAACACCAGCGUGUGCAACUUGUUCCCAGAAAUUGAUGUUGUAAGAUUACUAACCGAUACGGUUGUACUUUCGUGAAGUCCGAAUAAAAGAAACAUAGAAAAACUG